CCACCUGUUAAACUACCGUCAUAGCACUGCUUUAAUAAGCACGCAGUAUUCAUCACAGAGCUGCGUCUGUGUGUACAUUCAUUCAGCUCUCAGCGUUAUUUUCUAACCUGGAAACCCUGUGGGUGGAAAUUCAACACUAUAUGUGUUAUUUAAACACUGUAGGUAUUAAACACUAUAUAUGUUGGUGUUAAUUCAAAACUGUAUGAGUCAAUUCAACAAUACAGGUGUCAAUUCAACACAAGACUGGGUGUCAUGUCAAUACUGUAGGGGCUAAAACUAAUUUGCAAACACAUACACCUACCCACACAUUACUAGUAUACUCCGAAUCCACAACAACAACAACAACAACAACAAUAUAAAGAAGAGGAAGAAGUUGUUGUUGUUGUUGUUACGUUAUGUGUUUAUAUAGGAAGCGAGACAUCUGCUCAGGAGACACCCAAGAAAACUCAAUGUAUCGUCACACAGUUGGAAUGUUCUGGGCUGUCGGGACAAUCCGCGGUAGGAGCCGGGCUCCGGGCUCCCGGUCCGCUCCGGGUUUCUUCGAGACUUUCCAGAAGGUUCAUGGGUUAGUUGUCAUGGCAGCCACCAAGCGGCGCGUGUGUCCGAAGGGGCGGCCGCAAGCUCGCGCUGUAGGCCUACACCGUCACGGAUGGCUGUGUCGGCUCGUGUUUCCUCGCGCCCAUCUUUAAAGCAGUCCCCGCUCCGUUAAACGGAGGACAACCGAGCGGGACAGGACACGUCCCGCACCGAUACGGCGACACGUGUCCUUUGUGAGCGAAUCAGCAAGAUCUGGAUUUUAAAAACAUGAUUGAAAGCAUUGACCCCCAGCGCUGCCUCCAGGCAGUAGAGCGACUGCAGGUGCGUCUGAAGGAGAAAGGUGGAGAUGUGUCCUCGGAAGAGAAGCUCUCCCUUCUGAAGUCUGUCCUGCAGAGUCCCGUGUUCCUGCACGUCCUCGCGCUGCAGAAAUCCCUACAGCAGCUGAAGGAGCAGAGUGGCUUUGCUGAUGUGGCUCACAUUAAUGGGAAUGUCUCACCCGAGGACUAUGAGCACAUCAUUCACACCAUGGCUCAGGGGCGGUCCGUGACUCAUGUUGACCUGCUGAAGCCAGUAUCAGGCAGUUUGGGCUUCAGUGUGGUGGGUCUGCGCAAUGAGAACCAAGGAGAGCUGGGAAUUUUUAUCCAGGAGAUCCAGACAGGCAGCAUAGCACACUGUGAUGGGAGACUGAAGAAAGGAGACCAGAUCCUGGCGAUCAGCGGUAAAGUGUUGGACUGUAGCGUCUCCCACCACCAUGCCGUAGCGCUGCUGCAGAGUGCAUGUGAGUGUGUGCGCAUCACUGUGGCAACGGGGCCCCUCCCACACCUCUCCAGCCCUGGCGUGUCCCGGACACCUAGUGCUGCCAGCACACUCUCUGCACACUCCAGUGGGCCUCACUGGACCCAGAUGGAGACCAUCGAGCUGGUGAAUGAUGGCUCAGGUUUGGGUUUUGGCAUCGUCGGGGGCAAAACUACCGGCGUUAUUGUCAAGACCAUCCUACCAGGGGGCGUGGCUGACCUGGAUGGUCGUUUGAGGAGUGGGGAUCAUAUUCUGUGUAUUGGCGACACUGACCUGUGUGGUGUGGGCAGUGAACAGGUGGCCCAGGUGCUGCGGCAGUGUGGAAACCGGGUCAAGCUGGUGAUCAGCAGAGCAACCGUGGAGGACACGCCCACUCUUCCUGUAGCCCUGCCAACUGUUACUGAACAGCAGGGUCUUGAGGAAGAGGAACAGGAGGUCUUUGACGUCGACCUGACGAAGAACGUUCAAGGUCUCGGCAUCACCAUCGCAGGAUACGUCGCAGAGAAAAAUGCCGAGCCUUCUGGGAUAUUUGUGAAGAGCAUCACUGCAGGAAGUACAGUGGAGCAAGAUGGCCGCAUCCACGUGGGGGAUCAGAUCAUAGCCGUGGAUGGGAUGAACAUACAGGGCUUCACAAAUCAGCAGGCAGUGGAGGUGUUGCGACACACUGGACAAACAGUCCACCUCACGCUCGCAAGGCGUGGCUUCAGACCAGAAGACACGCCCCCACCAAUCACGGCUGCUGGCAUGGAGACCGAACCCUCCCCCAGGACGUCCCGUGACUCGAGACCGGAACACGUUACCAUGGACACCGCUCAGGACCCGGGAGAAACUUCCAUAAACACAGCCAUUGUCGUUCCGCCCUGUUCUCCUGAUCGGAAAGAGGGCAUGAAGCUGAAUGCAUGUGAGGAAGAGGAGUUGAAGAAGAGGUGGCAGCGUGUCCUCGGACCCAGCAGUGAAGUCACCGUUGUGCAGGUAGAGAGGUUCAGUGAGAACAGUGGAUUGGGGAUCAGUCUGGAGGUGAAUAACACUCAUCACUACAUCCGCUCAGUCUUACCUGACAGCCCUGUGGGGAUCUCUGGAAAACUCUACAGUGGAGACGAACUGUUGGAGGUCAAUGGUAUAUCUCUAAGAGGCAAGUCCCAUAAGGAGGUGGUGGUCAUUCUGAAGGACCUGCCCGUGUGUGUGUACAUGGUGUGCUGUAGGCCUGCUCACCUGCCCGCAACUGACAGCCAAACUGGCCAACCAGAGUUGGAGGAGGUGGCUAUAGCAUCCACAGAAGAGGCUCUCGGUGACGUCGAGGACUUCCUCGUGUCCGGCCAAUCAGAGAAGAACACGGGUCGUGUGACUGAGGAGCCGGCAGGAAGUUCCCUGUCGCUGUGGGAGUCGGAGAUCCAGGACAUCGAGCUGGAGAAAGGGAAGAGCGGACUAGGAUUCAGUAUCCUAGACUACCAGGACCCCUCUGACCCACUUAAGACAGUCAUUGUGAUCCGAUCGCUGGUGCCUGGUGGGGUGGCUGAACAGGACGGGCGCUUGUUGCCGGGUGACCGGCUGGUGUACGUCAACAACAACAACCUGGACUCUGGCAGUCUGGAGGAAGCUGUGCAGGCUCUGAAGGGAGCCAGUCUGGGCACCGUCCAGAUUGGGGUGGCCAAGCCACUGCCUAUCGACGCUAGCGAUGCAGACCUGGUGGAAGAGACGGGGUUCGACCCAGAGAACGCGACCUUUCAGGACUCCAUGAGGGCUCUUCACGGAAGCAGCUGCAGUGAAGACCUGACCUAUCAGAUGUCCCCAAAGGCCUCCACACCUCAGCGGAGCUUUCAGCCGGACGUGUUCAUGGACUAUCCCUUUACAGUGGCAUCUGGAAUCGCCGAGGACACGCAGCCGUUUACUCCCGAGGGGAGGGCGGUCCCUCUGAGUCCCGAGGAGGAGACUUUAAGGCUUGACUCCACCCACCCUGAGCUGAUCACAGAACUCAUCUUAGACAGAAUGGAACCAGUGGAUCCUCUGAUGUCUAGAGCUAGCCCCGCCCACCAUUCUAAAACGCCGUCGUUAUACUCAGAGGCGGGGCCAAUCAUGCCUGAGCUUUUAGGUCAAGGGCUUAAAAGCGUUUACGUUGAGGAUUUCCAGGAGGAGGCAGAGGAAAUCUCCAUCACCCAAACUGCACCAGAAUCCGAUGAGCACGCAGUGACGAGGGGGACUAACUUUGAGAGGAUCGUCACUGUGGUCAAGGGCAACUCAAGUUUAGGUAUGACAGUUAGUGCACAGAAGGACGGUCUGGGCAUGUUGAUCCGUAGUAUCAUUCACGGUGGAUCUGUGAGCCGGGACGGACGCCUGGGUGUUGGAGAUCUCAUCCUGGCCAUCAACGGAGAGCCCACCGGGAAUCUGACCAAGGCCCAGGCGCGGGCUAUGCUACGGAGACACUCAGUAAUGGACCCUGACAUGGGAUCUCUUUUUAGAUCUUCAUUCGCUCCAGAGGAGGAGCUCUGCCCCUUCUAUAUUAUCACCUAUGUGCCAGCUGAGUAUUUAGAUGAAUACAUCAUCAGUAAGCGAAACAUGGAAGACGGUUUUGUCAUGGAAAUGCUGACUAACACAAGGUCUGUAGCAGAGCUUCCAGAGAGGGAGGAUGGAGAAGGAGAAGAGAGUGAACUACAAACAGCCUUUACCAACUGGAACCAACCAAGGAAGGUGGAGCUCUACAAGGAACUAGGGAAGUCUUUGGGCAUCAGCAUUGUUGGUGGGCGGGGCAUGGGCAGUCGUCUUAGCAACGGAGAAGUGAUGCGCGGUAUUUUCAUCAAGCACAUCCUGGAAGACAGUCCAGCAGGACACAACGGGACACUAAAAACUGGAGACAGGAUUAUUGAGGUGGAUGGCGUAGACCUGCGAGACGCCAGUCAUGAACAAGCUGUAGAAGCUAUCCGUAAGGCUGGAAACCCUGUAGUGUUCCUGGUUCAGAGCAUCAUCAACAGACCCAGGAAGCUGGGAGCGGAGUGUGUGGAUGGAGCAGGGACCUUCUACAAGUCUGACAGUAGUGAGGAUGUUAAGAGUCACAGUAGGUUUUUCCUUCGUCUGUCCACGACUAACCCUUUCACCCCUACUCCAUUUAAGCUGAAUCGUGAGGCGGGGAAGGUUUCCCCGACGCUGCCGUUCCUGUCGUUACCGUUGGUCCCGCACAUUGGUGAAGAGGAUGUGCGUGGCUACACCUGGGGGAAGAUGCUGGAGCGCUAUGGGGGUCUACCUGGUGCCCUCCACAUGGUGGCGCUGGAGAAGGGUCACAGCGGUCUGGGUCUGAGCCUGGCAGGGAACCGUGACCGUUCUCGCAUGAGUGUGUUUGUGGUGGGCAUUGACCCCGCCGGCGCUGCAGGCCAAGAUGGACGUCUCUGCGUGGGAGACGAACUCCUGGAGAUUAACGGUCAGGUUCUGUAUGGACGCUCACAUCAGAACGCCUCGGCCAUCAUCAAGACCGCGCCCUCCCAGGUCAAGAUCAUCUUCAUCAGGAACACAGAUGCUCUGAGUCAGAUGGCUGUUGGCCCAGUGAACAAGUGCGAAGAUGCCCUGGAUACGCAAACAGAGGAGGAGACACACCCAGACCACCAGGGUCAUGUGACCUCCAGUUCAGAAGACCACCAGGGUCAUGUGACCUCCAGUUCAGAAGACCACCAGGGUCAUGUGACCUCCAGUUCAGAAGACCACCAGGAUCAUGUGACCUCCAGUUCAGAAGACGACAGGGAUCAAGUGACCAUCCACCUUGUUGAAGAAGAUGGAGCAGCGCAAAAGGAGGGUAGCAUACAGGCAGGAGACAGACUCCUGGUAGUGGAGCAUGAGAUGGUGCUGGAGAAGGUGACAUCACCACUGAACCAGGACACGGGAGCAGAGACACUCCCGGUCUGUAGAGACAGCCCCACCCCAAUCUUAACAUCACCCAAUCAGAUACGCAGAGGUUCGGACCCGGGGACCACCGCUUUACCCAUCAUGCCCCUGUGUUCAGAGACACCUCUGGAGCCAGUGGAGAGCUCUAGUCGGUCGACGACCCCUGCAACUUUGUCCUCUGACCCCGCGACCUGUCCCAUAAUCCCUGGCUGUGAGACCACCAUAGAUAUCUCCAAAGGAAGGACGGGACUUGGCCUGAGCAUUGUGGGAGGCUCUGACACGCUCCUGGGCGCGAUAAUAAUACACGAGGUGUAUGAGGAAGGAUCCGCCGCCAAAGAUGGCAGACUGUGGGUAGGAGAUCAGAUUCUACAGGUGAACGGUGUAGACCUGCGCAUGGCCACCCACGACGAGGCCAUCACGGCACUGAGGCAGACUCCUCAGCACAUGCGGCUCACCGUGUUCCGUGAUGAAGGUCAGUGUAAGGGGGACGACCUGUGGCACCUGCUGUCCGUGGAGCUGCAGAAGGACUCCAAUCAAGGCCUUGGACUCAGCAUCUAUUGCAGGAGGAACGACGCCGGCGUGUUCGUGUCGGAGAUCGUGAGGGGCGGAGUCGCAGACACGGACGGGCGCCUCCAGAGAGGCGAUCAGAUCCUGUCCGUUAACGGGGAGGACGUACGUGCAGCUACGCAGGAGACUGUCGCCGCGCUGCUGAAGAGUUGCGGCGGUCCAGUCAGACUGGAGGUGGGCCGUUUUAAAGCUGGACCGUUCCAUUCAGAGGGCCAGAUGGUGCAGUUGAGUGAAAACGGAAGGAGUAAUCCCACUUUCAGCUGUGGCACGCUGCAGGGAGAUGUGGAGAAUAGCAGUGGGGAGACUGAACAACUGGACCAGGACGUGCGGACGGUUGAGAUCACCAAGGGGCCGUCUGACUCCUUGGGGAUCAGCAUAGCGGGAGGCCUGGGCAGUCGUCUUGGAGACGUGCCUAUCUUUAUCGCCAUGGUGAACCCUGCUGGCUUGGCUGCACAGACACACCAACUCAGAGUCGGGGACAGAAUUCUGUCCAUCUGUGGGACGUCUACAGAGGGCUUGGCUCACAGUCAGGCGGUGUCUCUGCUGAAAAACACCACGGGAACACUGCAGCUACAGGUCACAGCAGGCGAUGCAACGUUAACUGGUCCCCCCUCAGACCUUGCAGCUGGAGUCACUGUCAGUAGCAUUUUCCAUGACGAUCUCGGUCCUCCUCAGUCUAAGACUAUUACUCUGCAGCGGGGGCCAGACGGCCUGGGUUUCAGUAUAGUGGGAGGGUUUGGAAGCCCACAUGGUGAUCUGCCCAUCUACAUCAAAACUGUGUUUGGAAAGGGCGCUGCAGCAGAUGACGGGCGUCUGAAACGUGGGGAUCAGAUCGUUGCUGUUAAUGGGCAGAGUUUAGACGGAGCGACACACCAGGAGGCAGUCAGCAUUCUAAAGAAGACCAGAGGAACCCUGACGCUGACUGUGCUGUCAUAGACACACACACACACACACACACACACACACACACACACACACACACACACACACGCUGAC